AAAAGGUAAUAAUUAAGUUAUGCCUUAUUUUCAUCAUGCAGCUGGGCAGGAGAGGUUUAGAACAUUAACAAGUUCAUACUACAGAGGAGCACAAGGGAUCAUUAUGGUUUAUGACGUCACACGGCGAGAUACAUUCACAAACCUCUCUGAUGUAUGGGCCAAGGAGAUUGACCUCUACUCAACAAACCAAGAUUGCAUCAAAAUGCUAGUUGGAAACAAAGUGGAUAAGGAAAGUGAAAGGGUUGUCACCAAGAAAGAGGGAAUUGACUUUGCUAGGGAGUAUGGAUGCCUCUUUCUUGAAUGUAGUGCUAAAACUCGAGUUAAUGUAGAGCAGUGUUUUGAGGAGCUUGUCUUAAAGAUCUUGGACACACCCAGUUUGUUGGCUGAAGGUUCAGCUGGUGUGAAAAAGAACAUUUUCAAACAAAAACCUCCAGAAGCUGAUGCAUCAACUAGUAGCUGUUGCUAAUGUUGAUUAUUGUAUUCAUUUUCUUGCACUU